ACACAGAAGGGGAGUCACGUAAAAGACCACAACGAAGGCGUGAAAAGCCAAAUUAAAGAGAUCAAGGAAGACAUAAACAAGCUCGGCAACGAUGGUUUUAAUGUCGAGGUCAAGUUGGAUGAGCUCGAGCAGUACGCGCGAGGAGACUGUCUCGAAACAACCGGUAUUCCGGUCGUACCUAACGACAGCCCAGCGUUGCUAGUGAAGGAAAUGUCUGAGAUUAUGGGAGUGAACCUCAACGAAAACGAUAUAUCGAUCGCUCAUCGUUUACCGCCAACGAAGAAAGUAAAAGAUCGACUAAUUGUCAAGUUCACUCGAAGAGAGAAAAGAGACGAAAUUUACAGCAAGAGGAAAAACUUAAAAUCUAAGCGGACUAAAGAUCUCCCGUCUGUGGUCUGCGAGCCGGAAUCUGCUGCGGUUGUAAGUCAUAAAGCACAAAUUCAUGUCAAUGAAAGCUUAACGCCAUACAGAAAACGACUACUGGGCAGAAUCUUACAAUUCAAGCGCGACCAUAACUACAAGUUUAUUUGGACGGCUAACGGUAAAAUAAUGCUGAAGAAAACGGAGAGCUCCACUACGAAAUGUUUCCUAACCCAUGGGGAAUUCGAAGAGUUUCUUGACGAGCUCAGUUAA